UUUUAGUCUCCGCCCCUCACGCUGAGCGUGGCCUGCUGAAAGAGGCACACGUGCUUCUGAAUGGAGCUGGUUGCUGGUUGCUACGAGCAGGUCCUUUUUGGGUUCGCUGUACACCCGGAACGCAAGACUAGUGGUGGCUACGAGCAGAAAUGGACUUCUGUGGCUGACUUCACUCACCAUGCCCACACAGCCUGCUUGUCAGCGGUGGCUGUAAAUAGUCGUUUUGUAGUCACUGGAAGCAAAGAUGAAACAAUUCAUAUUUAUGAUAUGAAAAAGAAGAUAGACCAUGGAGCUCUGGUGCAUCAUAAUGGCACGAUAACUUGCCUGAAAUUCCAUGGCAACAGGCACUUAAUUAGUGGGGCGGAAGAUGGGCUUAUCUGUGUCUGGGAUGCAAAGAAAUGGGAGUGCCUGAAGUCAAUUAAGGCACACAAAGGACCUGUGACCUUUUUUUCUAUUCACCCAUCUGGCAAGUUGGCCCUGUCAGUGGGUACAGAUAAGACAUUAAGAACAUGGAAUCUUGUGGAAGGAAGAUCAGCAUUCAUAAAAAAUAUAAAACAAAAUGCUCACAUAGUGGAAUGGUCCCCAAAAGGAGAGAAAUAUAUAGUUGUCGUACUAAAUAAAAUAGAUGUCUAUCGUCUUGACACAGCAUCUGUUACUGGCACUAUCACAAAUGAAAAGAGAGUAUCUUCUGUUACAUUUCUUUCUGAGUCUGUCCUUGCAGUGGGUGGAGAUGAAGAAGUUGUAAGGUUUUUUGAUACUGAUUCAUUAAUGUGUCUCUGUGAAUUUAAAGCUCAUGAAAACAGGGUAAAAGACAUGUUCAGUUUUGAAAUUCCAGAGCAUCAUGUUAUUGUUACAGCAUCAAGUGAUGGUUUCAUCAAAAUGUGGAAGCUUAAACAGGACAAGAAAGUUCCCCCAUCUCUACUUUGUGAAGUGGACACUAAGGCCAGGCUAACCUGUCUUGGAGUGUGGCUAGACAGCGCGACAGACCUGAAAGAAAGCCUUCCUCCAGCUGCAGAGCCUUCUCUAGUAAGUAAAGAACAGUCCAAAAGCAUCAAAAAGGAAUCUGGCGGUGUAGCGCAGGAAGAAGGAAGGCAGCCAGAACCCGGCAUGAAGAAAUGUGCUUUCACUGCUGUGAAGAAGCAGCCAACAAAAGGGAGUGGCCUGGGGUCAGCCAAGAAGAGGAAAAUGGUGGAAACGUUGGAAAAGAAGAGAAAAAAGAAGAAAAUAUGAAUAAUGCAGUGAAUUCAGAUUUCUAAGAAAAAAACUUAGAAUCAUUCUUUUCAAAUGUACCUAAUUUUUUCUGCCAAGUAAAAACUAGGAAUUUUCUCUUUUGGAGAAAAUGUAUAGCUUAAAAAAAAUCACUCAGUCACUUUUGGUUUUUGUUUUUAAACAGUAGCAAAACUUUUUAGUAGGCAGUAUAUAUUAUGGUAUAUAUUAUGUUAAUGUGUAAUAGAAUUUUUACUGUUGUGUAAAGCAAAUAAAGGUCUUUCUCAAAAUAAUGUAAUAUAAGGUAAUACAAAAAUCUUGAACACAGUCUUUACCAGGGGUACAUAAGAAAGUUUAAGGUCAGGGAAAAUGACAUUUCUUUUUUUUGUCCAUUUCAAGCCAUAAAAAAAUUCCUGUAGCUAAUCUAACAGGUAGAUUUAAAAUCAGCCCGUUGAUUAUACUGUCAUCAUCUCUUACCUUCUUUCCUCAUAGAUUACUGGAUGUUUUGAAAAGAUGAUUUGAUAUAGAGGAUUUAUGGGUUUUACUUAGGUGGGCCUAUGUUGAAUCCCUCCUGAUUUGGCAAAAUCAGGUGUCUGACAGUCAGACACUGGAAAUGCCCCUUUCUUCAGAGGAGGGAAUCAUUUAGGAAAUGAACCAAAUCAUGUGUCAGAUGUUCCAGUGCACCUCUUAGUUAACUUACUUAGGCCUGUAAACAAGGAUGAAGGUAGGUUUGUUUUUUGUUUUGUUUUCGAGACUGUUUUCUUAAGAGUAGUUCUGGGGUUAUAAAAUUGAGAGGGACUUUCAACAGAGACUUUCCAGUGCCCCUGCAGCCCCUGCCAUUUCAGCAUUGCUCACAAGAAUGGCACAUUUUUACUGAGGAUGAACUUACAUUGACACAUCAUCGAGUUUAACUUUGGGAAUCACUUUUUAAAAAAUCCUCAACUGAGGGCACCCUCUUAAUUGCUUUUAGAGAGAGGAAGGGUGAGAGAUACUGACGCAAGAGAGAAGCAUCAAUUGAUUGCCUCCCAUCUGUGAUCUGACCAGAUAUCAUCCGUACCCAGGCUGAGGAUCAAACCUGCAACUUAGGCAUGUACCCCAGCUGGGAAUUGACCUGCAACCUUUUGGUUACAGUACCACGCUCCAGCCAACUGAGCCAUACCAACCAGUGCAGGGGAUUACUUUUGGUGUAUAUUCUAUAGGUUUGGACAAAUAUUUAACGACAUUUACUGAAUAUUUUCAUUGCCCUAAAACAGUUUUGCCCAUUCAUUUUUUUCCAUAUCUGACAAUCACUGAUCUUUUUCUGUGUCUCCAUAGUUUUGCCUUUUCCAUAAUGUGAUACAGUUAGAAUCAUACAAUAUCAUAGCUUUUUUGAUUGGCCUCUUCCAUUUAGUAAUAUGCAUUUAAGUUUCCUUCAUAUCUUUUUUUAUUGCUUGA